AUGUCUGUAUCUGCAGUGGUACGAAGGUCCAACACCAGCCCACUGGGCUUCCUCCAGCUGGGAUCCUGCUCUCUGGCACCCGCAGACACAGUGCAGACAGUCGGAUGAAGACUCUCCACUGGGUCUUCCAGGCCUUACUCACCUUCCCCUUUGGUUGGGACCAUUCCGGAGCAGCUGAGUCAGUGCUGCUGUGGGCAUCCUCAGGGUCACGAAUCCAGGAGUAGAAACUCAUCAGGUUCCCCAGUGCCACCUGCUCUAUCACCACAGUCUCUCCUCAGGCUGCAGAAUGCCCUGACCCUCACCGACACCUACCAGAACAAGCAGAAACUCAGAAAGCAGCACUCGGACCCCGUGUGCCCGUCCCACGCCGGGGCUGGGUACAGCUACUCACCUCAGCCCAGUCGGCCCGGCAGCCUUGGAACCUCUCCCACCAAGCACACGGGGUCCUCUCCUCGCAGUUCGGACUGGUUCUUUUAAACUCCUUUACCAACCAUCACUGGCUCUCCUACUAGGACCAUGGCUCCUUUCAAAAUACCUAAAACGCAAGCGUCUUCCAACCUGCUAGCCUUGGUGACUCGCCACGGGCCCUCUUAAAAAAAAAAAAAAGACGGGAGUGACCCACGGGAGUGCCCUCAUUGUCUCCUAGCUCAAGGCGGCAAGAGGCAGAAGCCUGAGCAGCAGAACAAAGCGGUGUUUGGCAGAUCUGUCAGUGCUGGGAAAUUAUCAGACCAACAAGCAAAGAUACCUUUAGGUGGACAUCAGGGCAGCACGGACAGUUUAAAUACAGAAUGACCAAUGGAUAUAGCCCCUGCAGGAGCUUGUGGUGGUGGACUGACACCUCCUAUAGGAACAGCAGCAAGUUCCAGAGCUGUCCUGUCCACUGUAGGAUCUCCUCCACACAGUGCCACGGCCCCCACUUGUACAAUGGUCCUUCAAACAAGAACAACCUCAGCUGGCUGCAGCAGCCCCAAGGGCUCCCUGUGCUCUGCCAGCAGCUGCGUAUGUGUGGGCUCCCCGCCGGGGCCCGGUUGAGGGGCUUCUCCUCCGGGAGCCGAGGCUGCUCCCAGCCUGAGAUACAUGACUUAUGGUGCUUCACCCCCCAGCCUGGAGGGGCUCGUCACCUUUGAAGCCCUGGAGCUGCCAGAGGAGAUGCUGAUGGAGAUGAGAAGAGCCGCCGAGGGUAGAGAACACACAGACACCUUAUGCCACCUCAAUGUGAUGCUGAUGUUCACGAAGUGUGUGCUGGACCUGACGGACCCGGUGCUGUGCACAUCUGAUGUCUCCUUGUACCAGAUCCAGGAGAGUAUGGUCGUGGACCAGAUCAGCCAGCUGAGCAAAGACUGGGGGCGCGUGGAGCAGCUGGUGUUAUACGUGAAAGCCGCACAGCUCUUAGCAGCCUCUCUGCAUCUCGCCAAAGCACAGAUCAAGUCCGGGAAGCUGAGCCCGUCCACGGCUGUGAAACAAGUUAUCAAAAAUCUGAAUGAACGAUACAAAUUCUGCAUCACCAUGUGCAAGAAACUUACAGAAAAGCUGAAUCGCUUCUCUGACAAACAGAGAUUUAUUGAUGAAAUCAACAGCGUGACUGCAGAGAAACUCCUCUACACUUGUGCUGUAGAAAUGGUUCAGUCUGCCGCCCUGGAUGAGAUGUUUCAGCAGACCGAAGAUAUUGUUUAUCACUACUAUAAGGCAGCCCUUCUUCUGGAAGGCCUCACUAAGAUUCUCCAGGACCCUGCCGACAUCGAAAAUGUACACAAAUAUAAAACUAGUAUUGAAAGAAGAUUGUCAGCACUCUGUUGUAGCUCCACGACCCUGUGA